UCUUCCCUGAGUCAAACCCUCAGAUCUUGUGUGUUUGCCUUUUGAAUGUGAGCUCAUUCUGAGGGUUCAUGUCCUAGAGUGUCUACUCAAGCUGUAGUGCCUGCAUAUGUGUGUGUGUGCGUGUGUGUGUGUGUGUCACUGAACGACAGAGGGAGAGGAAGAGAGAGAGAGGGGGAGUGAGUGAGCAGACGAUCUCAGGGGCAACAGAUCCGGUUUGCUCGGCUGAAAGACGGAGCACAACGGGAGGGAUUUCUGCACGAUGUGAGGGCACACGAGGAGCUGCCUCACACAGAAUAAAAGCCAGGAUGUCAGGGAUGGACGUCCCGCUGGUGGACCAUAAUGAGACUGGAAUCCCUCCACUGGACAACGGCAGCUUUCUCCGUUUCUCCCCGACUUCUUCUUCCCCAUCUGCAGCUGCCUCAUCACCGGGACGUCAGGGCAACGUGUACGUUUACGUGUGGCUCUUCCUCGGCCUGCUGGUUUUCCUGCUGACGCUGCUCAUCAUCUCCCUCCACAGGCUGAAGAACAUCAUCUCUUCCUCCUCCUCGGUGCCUGACUGCAGCAGCGAGGGAGGGAGCUCCUUUACAAACAUGGAGAUCUGCAGCAUCUCAUCUCAGAGGUCAACGAUCUCCUCACUGUCCACCUGAGUGAAAUGGAAGGGAGCAUGAACAGACACACAGACAUGUGUUUGUACAGGUGCAUUAUGUAUGCAUGCGUGCAAACGACAGGCAGGCAUGUCCAGAACUUGGACAGCAUGACUUUACCCUUCUUGCAUGCAUAUUAUAACCCAGAUGGUGCCUCUGCAAAGACACAUGGGGAACAUACUGUAGCACACAAUGUGACGGACAUGCCUUAAAGGAUAAAGUGACUGAACUGAAGUUAUAUUUGAAGAUCUGAGACAGACACAACAAAAACUGUUUCCUCCUGCAGGAAAAUUCAAAUGAUGAACUAUUCUCUCUCUUUUUGUAAGAUUAAUUUCAUGUACUAUACUUUACAUAUUUACUGUAGAACAAAUAAAGUGAUGCUUUGUACAGCAUGUCUAAUAAUGUCUGUAGGCUACACUAUAUAAACAGUAUUACAAGGAUAAUAAAGAACACAACU